UAGCAGUGACGGCGGGCUGGGACCGUGCCAGGGUAGGGCGCCCCUCACUUAGCGGCCAAGAGCAGCAGGGCCAUGCUUCGGGGGGCGCUGCGGUUCGGCUUGGGCCCGGGCCUCUUGGGCCGGGGGCUAGGCACACACAGAGGAGGCUCAACUCUGGGUGAAGCUGAGGGCAGCGGAGGGUGUCGUGGUUCUGGGGUGUCCCCAGUCUCCAGCCAUGUGACCUUCAGGACUCGAGGUCCCGGUCCGCGCUGGGAAGACAGCGGGUCGCUGGGAGCAGGAGACUGGGAUGGAAAGGUGUCGGAGAUUAAGAAGAAGAUCCAGUCCAUCCUUCCUGGAGGGGCCUGGAGUCCACUGUGUGACACCAGCCACCUGCCCCCCGAACACUCCGAUGUGGUGAUUGUUGGCGGUGGGGUGGUUGGCCUGUCCGUAGCCUUUUGGCUGAAGAGGUUGGAGAAGCAGCAAGGUGCCAUUCGGGUGCUGGUGGUGGAGCGGGACCACACGUAUUCCCAGGCCUCCACCGUGCUUUCUGUGGGUGGGAUUCGCCAGCAGUUCUCGUUGCCUGAGAACAUCCAGCUCUCCCUCUUUUCGGUCGAAUUUCUCCGGAACAUCAAUGAGUACCUGGCCGUGGUCGAUGACCCUCCCCUGGACCUCCAGUUCAACCCCUCUGGUUACCUCUUUCUGGCUUCAGAGGAGGGGGCUACGAUCAUGGAAAACAACGUGAAAGUGCAGAGGCAAGAAGGAGCCAAAGUUUGUCUGAUGUCUCCGGAGCAGCUUCAAAAGAAGUUUCCCUGGAUAAACACAGAGGGAGUGGCUUUGGCAUCUUAUGGGUUGGAGAACGAAGGUUGGUUUGACCCCUGGUGUCUGCUCCAGGGGCUUCGGCGAAAGGUCCAGUCCAUGGGGGUCCUUUUCUGCCACGGAGAGGUGACACGUUUCGUCUCUUCAUCUAACCACAUGGAGACCGCCAGUGGGGAGAAGGUGACUUUGAAAAGGAUCCAUGAAGUCCAUGUGAAGGUGGACCAUAGCCAGGAGUACCAGCCCGUGGAAUGCGCCAUAGUGGUCAAUGCAGCGGGGGCCUGGUCUGGGCGAAUCGCAGAGCUGGCUGGCAUUGGGAAGGGGCCGCCUGGCACCCUGCAGGGCACCAAGCUGCCUGUGGAGCCGAGGAAAAGGUAUGUGUACUUGUGGCACUGCCCCCAGGGACCAGGCCUGGAGGCUCCGCUUGUCGCAGACCCCAGCGGAGCCUAUUUCCGCCGGGAAGGAUUAGGCGACAACUACCUGGGCGGCUGUAGCCCCUCUGAGGAGGAGGAACCAGACCCAGGGAACCUGGAAGUGGACCAUGAUUUCUUCCAGGAGAAGGUGUGGCCCCAUCUGGCCUGGAGGGUGCCAGCUUUUGAGACUCUAAAGGUUCGGCGCGCUUGGGCCGGCUACUACGACUACAACACCUUUGACCAGAAUGGCGUGGUGGGCCCGCACCCCCUCGUCGUCAACAUGUACUUUGCGACGGGCUUCAGCGGCCACGGGCUCCAGCAGGCCCCCGCCGUGGGGCGGGCUGUGGCAGAGGUGAUGCUGGAGGGCCGCUUCCAGACCAUCAACCUGAGCCCCUUCCUCUUCAGCCGCUUUUACUUGGGAGAGAAGGCCCAAGAGCGCUGUAUCAUCUGAGCCUGUGAGCUCUUCCCUGGGCCCCGACGCCCCAUCUGUCACCCUGGGCUCCGACCCUGGCCCACGUUCACACCGCCUCACUGCUUGAUUGCUCCCCAGCACCAUGCCAGGGUCUCCUCCGCCCCCCUCUCGUCCAGGCCAUCCCGCCCCCGUAUGGCUGUGCAGGCGGGCCGACCACUGCCUAAGGCCCAGGCUGACAGAACGAUGGGGCGGGACCCCAGGACUGAUCAUGGCCCAGGCUGAUGCCACCCACCAGCAGCCCAGCCGGACAGAACACCUCAGGGGACCUGAGCACCGUGGCCCAGGACUGGCUCCUUCGUGGGACCGACCCAGAAAGACUGCCUCUGCCCCCCUCUCGGCAGAGCCCAGGCAGGGAGCAUUCUGGGGCAGCCUGGCCCAGGUCUAUGGACUUGUCUAUUUACCCUAUUCAUCGAUCAAUAAAUGUGAUUAACGCCUUC